AUGAAAUUACUUAAAAUCACAGCAGCAUUAGUGUUAGCGCCGUUAGUAGCGUGUCAGUGGUACCCCCAAGAUCAAAAGGGAGAAGUUCCAACUGAAAUCAAGGGAUACGAGCGUGGUCAAGAGAUCGUUCUUGAAUGUAUUACAAGACAGAUAGAUAACGGUGAACAUAAAUUCGAUGAUAAAGAUCGUAUUAUAUACGCGCCCUUCCCAACCUGCCAAGAAACAGAGAAGCCACUCUCCUUGAAAUAUGGAGUAAGUGAAGACUUUAACUGUACAAUCGGAUUUACAGAUGAACUUUAUCAUUUGUUUCAACUUUAUAUUCAUGAAGAUGCUCCAUUUAGUUGUCGUAUCCCUCUCAGUUCUGAAUUAAACUAUAUUGAAAAGGGUGGUGCCUUUGUUCCCUUAACAUUCAACCUUAGGGGUGAAGUUCAUGAUUCUCAUCUUGAUGUUGAUCAAUCUAUCAACUUGAUUGCCAUUGGAUCCACAAAUGGUGAUGAAAAGACAGUUGUUAGUGCCACAGCUUGGUCUUCAGGAACUAAUUCCACUCGUGUAGUCAUUGGUGAUAAUCUUUCUUUGAACCUUGCUGUACGUUGGUUAGAAAACUCUAAUCCUUUCGGCUCAAAGGCUGGACAAGAUUCUUCCAUUCCAUUUCAAGAUGGAUUUUAUAAAUUACCAAAGUUUAUCUCUUCGAUACAAUACUAUGGUAGUAUCGCAUGUUGGAGUAUCAUCUCUGCUGGCUUAACAUUCAUUUUUAUGUACAGAGCUGCAAGAAAUACCCGUACAAAAUACAGAACAUUUGAUUCUGAAGCUGACUUUACUAAAAAUGAUUGA